AUGAGCCUUUCAACCUCCCCCGAACCCAAUGCUUGGGCGCGACUCGAUACUAGGUUAGUCGGCAUCCUGGACAAGCUCUGCCGUGCCGAAUACGACUCCGAAGCAGAUUCUAUCCCAAUUUGUCCACGGCCGUCCCGUGAGGCACUCGAGGCCUGUCACGUUACGGUCAAUUCUCCGCGUUGUCCUUCGGCAUUCGCCUGGGCCGCCGUUUUCUGCCGCGCUGCGCACUCUGCUCUCAAGGAUCAGCAAGCCACGGCGCCGCUCCUUUGCGGACGCGACCCUCGGGAGGAUUGUCUUGCAGGGCCGAGCUUCCACGAGAGCGGCCAUAUAUCGUGGGCUGGGGAAACCAUGAUUGAGCACACAGCCACCAACUGGGGCUGCAUGCUCGCCGAUCAAACUGCUCCGGUGGACGCGCGGCCCAACCGAGGCCCAGCGGACAAGUAUGUUCUCCGAAGCGAGCUACUCGCCUGCGUGUGCCCCAUGCGCCUUCAGAUCAACGAGACCCCGGUAGACGGCUACGAGUUCACAGGCUGGAAACUCCGUGUCGGAAACAGCAUUGUCAAGAGCACGGUUAUUUGUUUUGAAGAUACUCGAGUCCGGGUAAUUCAGGCCUCCUACGACCCGUCGUUAGCAACGCCUGCCCUCGUCGCCACACUGCGAGGGUCAUACCCGCUCCCUGCUGUCCCGGUCGCCACUUGCUCAAAGGACACUGUGUGGCCUAUUUUGUGGUGGAUUCUCAACCCUGACGGGCCGUCUGAUUCAUUGACCGGGUUGAGCUGUCUACGGGGGGUUCAGUACGCACUCGCCCCUCAAGCGUAG